UUUGACAGCCCAGAUCUCCUGGGGCCGGCCGGGAAGUCACAUUAUAAAGCUACGCUGCGCCGGGCUCUGUCCACACGUCGCACGAGGCUGCCGACGCCGGAGCUACAGGGUGCUUCCUGGAACAAGCACCUCUCGUCACCUCCCAGCAUCCCCUCUGCCAUGGAGUGGCUGGGCGUUGCGCUCCUGCUGGUGACUGCAGUAAGCGGCUUCAACCCCCGGAUCAUCGGCGGUGCUCCCUGUGAGCCUCACUCCAAGCCCUGGCAGGCCGCUCUCUUUGUGGGCUCCCAGCUUAGCUGCGGAGGGACCCUGAUUGACAAGAACUGGGUGAUCACUGCAGCCCACUGCAACAUCAGGUGCAUCCUCACUGUGCGCCUGGGAGAACACAACAUCAGGAAGCUGGAUUUCACAGAGCAGCUGAGGCUCUCAGCCAAAAUGAUCAUCCACCCCAAGUACAACUCAGCUAGCAAGGACAAUGACAUCAUGCUGAUCAAACUGCUCACCCCGGCAAACAUCAACAGAAAUGUCCAGCCCCUGGCGCUGCCUACCAGUUGCCCCACAGCAGGGCAGGACUGCGUGGUAUCCGGAUGGGGAACAACAAAAAGUCCUGAAUUGAGAUUCCCACCUGUUCUCUACUGUGGCAACAUCUCCGUUUUCUCCCAGGAGCAAUGUCGUUCGAUCUACCCACGCUACUUCACCAACAACAUGUUCUGUGCCGGGCUGCCACAGGGGGGAGUAGACUCAUGCCAGGGAGAUUCCGGGGGACCCUUGGUCUGCAAUGGGGUACUCCAGGGUAUCGUGUCUUGGGGGACCCAGACAUGUGCACUGCCCAAUAAGCCAGGUGUUUAUGUGAACAUCUGUAACUACAUUGACUGGAUCCGGGAGACCAUAAACAACAACUGAGCCUCGGUUCCUCCGGACACUGAUCCCUCCCUCUUUGACUUGCACUUCUGCAGAGGAUGGAGCCUUUGGGGGUGCAUUAGCCAGGUUGUCCCCCCCGGCCAUAUGCACGGAUGUUAAAUAAUAAAGGCCCUUCGCUGCCGGGAGUGGCUAGUUCACAGAAGCACUGCAUGAUUUCACGCCUGGUUUGUAGUGGAGCACCAGGCCCUGGCAGUGUAGCUGCUCACCCGUAGGUAUUUUGCUUGUCUUGCCUCGCAAUCACCAGCAUUUUUUUCCUUGAACAUCCAUCCGAGGCAAAGCGAGGCAGGCUCUCCUCCCCAUUGCCUAGCAGGUAAAUGAUUUGGCCAUGCUCGCACAGGAAGCCUGUAGCAGAGCAGCAACUUAAUUCAGGGCAUCCAAGGCUGAAGUGCCCCCCUCUGCUCCUCUCCUCCCUUUUGGCUGGUGGGGAUUUUCUGAAUGGGAAGCGGGCCGGGUCAGAAAUGGAACAUUCUGUGGGAAAACGGAACUUC